CAUCCCUUUGUCACCAUUAUAACUACCCACUAGAUUAUCAGUAAAAAUGUCUCAUCAACAACAUUGUGUUAAACGUCAUCACUGCUGAAAUCUACCUUCAGCAUUCUCUGUGUUUAUGGAGAUGAGUUUGAGCUGUAAAGGACAACAUAAAGGAUAAAUACCUCCUGUUCUUCCUUGGACACUUUCUGAUAACAGGAGUAACUAGCAGAGGGUUCUCCAUCACUCCUGCCUCCCUUUCUUUUCUGAAAUGUGAUGCGUCUCUGGAGCGUCACAUGACAGCCAUGACAUCUGUCCCUGACCUGUCCCUCAUUACGUCAUGUUCUGCCAUGGAUCAAACAGCAGGUUUAGCUUGUAUCUAAGACUUACAUAGCUACCUGCACAGGGUAGCGUAGCUGAACACAUCCUAACACCGCGUUACAACCUGCUUAUGAACACUAAACACACAGACGGAAGGACGAUCGGUUAUACCGGUGAACCUGGAACUACUAAAUGGUCUGUUAAACGUUCCCAGGUUGAUGUCAUGCCUCGUUCUCCAUUAUGCUGCUGAAGGUACUUUAUUUUCAACACUCUGUGUUCCAGCUUCAAUGACUCCGUCUCCAGGAUUUAUAGAUUAUUAAUGCAUUAAAAAUACUGUUUCCCUAAAAUCAGGUGACACCAACACACAAACAUUUAUUCAUGUUUCAGUAUUUUCUUUUAGUUCCAGCUGUGAAACACCUCAAGCACUUUUCAGAUGAACCCACAACAAUCUUAUAGUUUUAAUUCUUUUUGUAAACAAUUGCUAUUAAAAGAAUAUGGAAAAAUAAAUAAAUAAAUCGGGGGUAAAAACCGGACAGCACACGAGGAAAAGUAAAGUUUUAACUGUGAUAAACAGAUUUUACAGGAUGUUUUAUAUAACUCUACACAUUGUGUUGAUAAGCCAACAUUACUGAGAGCUGAACUAAUGUUAGUGUGAUUAAACCAGUCAGACCUGUUGGAGGAAACAUCAGCAGUUUCGCUUUGUGACAAGACGAACAUUAAACCUAAAGAACACAGAAAACGAACUCCAAAAUGAGUGUUUCUGGAAAACAGAAAAAUGAGGGUGUUUUUUCGAUGAAAAGUCACCAUUCAAUGGGAUUUCCUACGAACUUCAGAGACAGUUCUACUGAUGUGAGGACACGAAGCACCACUGAGACUUUAAAAAUCACCUGCAAGCAGCUGGAUGUGAUAUUCAAGGAUCUUGAGCACACGGUCAUCACUCUGUUUAAGAAUGAAUUAAAAAGGUUUAAGAAGCUCCUGAGUCCAGAUUACCCAGCAUGCACUGAGAGGGAGCUGGAGGAAGAGGAGGUUCAUCCCAGUGUCAGUGAAGGAGUGCUGAAGAUCACGCUGCACGUCCUGGAGAACAUGGACCACACAGAUCUGGCUAACACACUGCACAGCAAGUUAGGGCUGCUGUCUCUGCAUCAGGACAAGCUCAAAUCCAAACUUGUGGAGAAAUGUAAAAGAAUUAAUGAAGGAAUCUCACAGCCUGGAAGUUCAGCACUUCUGCAUGAGAUCUACACUGAGCUCUACAUCACAGAGGGUUGGAGUGGAGACGUCAAUAAUGAACAUGAGGUGAGACAGAUUGAGGCAGCGUUCAGGAGACCAGCAACACAGGAGAAACCCAUCAAAUGUAAUGAGAUCUUUAAAGACAAGUCCAUCAGAACUGUGCUGACUAAAGGAGUUGCUGGAAUUGGAAAAACAGUCUCUGUGCAGAAGUUCAUCCUGGACUGGGCUGAAGGAGAAGUAAAUCAGGACGUCAGCUUCAUGUUCCCACUUCCCUUUAGAGAGCUGAAUCUGAUGAAGCAGAAAAAUCUCAGUCUGAUGAAACUUCUUCAUCACUUUUUCCCAGAAAUAAGAAAACUAGAAUCAAUAGACUGUGACUCCUACAAAGUGGUGUUGAUCUUUGAUGGUCUGGAUGAGUGUCGACUUCCUCUAAAUUUCCAGAAGAAUGAGAGAUUGUGUGAUGUGACAGAGUCAGCCUCAGUGGAUGUGCUGCUGACGAACCUCAUCAAGGGGAAUCUGCUUCCCUCUGCUCUCCUCUGGAUAACCACAAGACCAGGAGCAGCCAAUCAGAUCCCUCCUGAGUGUGUAGACCAGGUAACAGAGGUACGAGGCUUCAGUGAUCCUCAGAAACAGGAGUACUUCAGGAAGAGGAUCAGUAAUCAGAGACUGACCAAUAAAAUCAUCAGACAUCUGAAGUCUUCAAGAAGCCUCUACAUCAUGUGUCACAUCCCAGUCUUCUGCUGGAUCUCAGCCACUGUUCUAGAGAGAAUGUUGGGUGGAGCAGAGGGUGGAGAGAUCCCCAAGACUCUGACUCAAAUGUACACACACUUCCUGAUCUUUCAGAUCAAACACAAGGACCAAAAGUACCAUCAGAAAUGUGACCCUGAUCCUCAGCAGACCAGAGAGAGUAUCAUGGCACUGGGAAAACUGGCUUUCCACCAGCUGGAGAAAGGAAACCUGAUCUUCUAUGAGGAAGACCUGAGAGAGUGUGGCAUUGAUGUCAGAGAAGUGUCAGUGUACUCAGGAGUGUGUACCCAGAUCUUCAGAGAGGAGUUUGGGCUUCACCUGGGGAAGGUGUUCAGCUUCGUACAUCUGAGUGUUCAGGAGUUUCUGGCUGCUUUAUACACAUUUCUCUCCUUUGUCUUGAAAAACAGAAAUCUUCUAAGGGAUCAAACCACUGGAAUGUUCCCUCUCUUAAGGAAACAACCUGUGUCUGCAUUCCUGAAGUGUGCCGUGGACAAGGCCUUACACAGUGACAACGGACACCUAGACCUGUUCCUCCGCUUCCUUAUGGGUCUCUCACUGGAGUCCAAUCAGAUUCUCUUACGAGACUUCCUGUCCCAGACAGGAAGUAGCUCUCACAGCAAAGAGGAAACAGUCAAGUACAUCAAGGAGAAGAUAAAAAAGAAUCCCUUUCCAGAGAAAUCCAUCAAUCUGUUUCAGUGUCUGAAUGAACUGAAUGAUCAUUCUCUAGAGCAGGAAGUCCAAACGUACCUGAACAGAGGAGGUAACGGUCGUCUCAGUGACACCAGACUGUCUCCUGCUCAGUGGUCAGCUCUGGUCUUCCUCAUGCUCAACUCAGAACGGGAGCUGGAGGAGUUUGAUUUAAAGAAAUAUGAUCGAUCUGAGGAAUGUCUUCUGAAACUGCUGUUGGUGGUAAAAGCAUCUAAAAAGCCUUGUGAGUUGUUUGGGUGUCAUCUAACAGAGGAAAGCUGUAGAGUUCUGUCCUCGGUCCUCAGCUCAAACUCCUCCAGUCUGACAGAACUGGACCUGAGUAACAAUAACCUGCAGGAUUCAGGAGUGACGCUGCUCUCUGCUGGACUGGAGAGUCCACACUGUACACUGGAGAUACUGAGGCUGUGUGAGUGUCAUCUAACAGAGGAAAGCUGUAGAGUUCUGUCCUCGGUCCUCAGCUCAAACUCCUCCAGUCUGACAGAACUGGACCUGAGUGUCAAUAACCUGCAGGAUUCAGGAGUGACGCUGCUCUCUGCUGGACUGGAGAGUCCACACUGUACACUGGAGAUACUGAGGUUAUAUCAGUGCAAUAUUAAAGGUGAAGGUUGUGCUGCUCUGGCCUCAGCUCUGAGGUCAAACUCCUCAUCACACCUGAGGGAACUGAAUGUGAGCAGAAAUAAUCCAGGAGAAUCAGGAGUGAAGCUGCUCUCUGAUCUACUGAAGGAUCCACUCUGUAAACUGGAGACACUAGAGAUUGAGACAUAACAGCAUGCAGAGGAUCAUAAGGAUAUGAGGCUUCUUACAGCACACACACACACACACAUACUGUAUAUGAGUGUGUGUGUGUGUGUGUGUGUGUGUGUGUGUGUGUGUGUGUGUGUGAGUGUGAGUGUGUGUAUG